GAACACUUCAACCCCCUCUUUAUAAAUAUGGUAUCUAUCAAAAACAUAACGAUUCCAGAACUUCAUACCUGUCUGUUGAAACUUUUUAUGGCAUAUUUCGAGGCAGGGAAUGCAAAUUUUCGUUGAAUCACCCUGUAUAGGCAUAGAGAUGUAUAGUUCGGGCACGUUCGAGUUUGAUAUAAAUUCUCUGUAUACGUACAAUGAGAGAAGAGGAUUGUAGAGCACGUACCUAGUUGGUUAAGAAUCAUAAGAACAACGAAUCAACAUGGCAGUAGACUAGAAGCAGAGUAGCAUGUAUUCAUUGACAGAUACAGAAAACCUAUUAUUAAGUUCCGAUGAAGAGGAAGACGUCCAACUCACCCCUGCCGAAGUGAUAGAAAUGAUGGAGGGAGCUUGGAUAAAUGAAAAGUUUGCUCCAGAGAUUCUCCCUCAUAGAUCAGAAAUAGUCGAUUGUCUUCUAGCCCAAGUAACGUCAAUGGAAGAAAAUAUUCAAGGCUUGGAUAGCAGCGAUUUCAAAAAGAGUAUCCAUCAGCUAGAGGUAGACAGACUGAGAUUUUUGGUCUCAAGUUAUUUGCGCACAAGACUGGAAAAGAUAGAAUGUUAUUCCACACAUAUACUAAAGGAAGAAGCUGAAAGAUCCAGAAGGGGGGAAGAAUCAUACUUGAGUGAACAAGAGUCAGUAUUUGCUAGAAACUUCUCCCAGGGCUUAGAGUUCUAUUUUGACAAAUUGUUGAACUUCUAUCCUGGUUUGCCAACCGAGAGCUGGAGUAGUAGAAUUAUUGAGCCAAAUCUACACAGUUUCAUCUUUGUAAAAUCGAAAACUGAUGUAGAAGGUGUAAUAAUUGAUGAUGGAACAGAUGGUGAUGAUUUAGCAGAUUUCAGGGCAGGAACACCUAUACUCAUUUCAUAUAACAGUGUAUCAGGUCUAGUGAAAAAGGGAGAUGUUAAUUUGAUAUGAAACUAGAUUAGAGAACAGUCAUAUAACCAUUCAGCCAAAUUUCUUGAAGAAAUGAGCUCUGAAUACUAUUUUUGUACUUGAAAUAAUUUUGUUAUGUAUUAUAAUAAAUUGGUUGAUAGUUAUA